AUGGAUCUAAAUGGGAGCACCAGUUCAAAGGUUCACACUACUCCUUACUCCCUGCAUCUAGGCUCUAGCAAUAUGUACAAUGACUUAAAAGCAUUGUACUGGUGGCCAGGAAUGAAGCGCGACAUAGCAGAGUAUGUGAUGUGGUGUCUCGCUUAUCAGCAGGUUAAAGCAAAGCACCAGAUGCCAGCAUGUUUGCUCCAACCCAUCAGUAUCCCAGAAUGGAAAUGGGAAGACAACCAUGGGCUUUGUGGAUCAUGGAGUCGAUAUUUACCUCUAAUAGAAUUCUCUUAUAAAAAUAGCUACCAGUUUACUAUUGGGAUGGCCCCGUAUGAGAUGCUACAUGGACGCAAAUGCAGGACACCCCUACAUUGGGAUGAGGUGGGGGAGAAACAUAUUCUAGGUAAAGAAGAAGUGAGAGAGGCCACUGAAGCAGUCAUUAAGAUUAGGCAGGGGAUGAUGACUACUCAGAGUAUACAGAAAAGCUAUGCAAAUCUUAAGAGAAGAAAGUUGGAAUUCUUAGUAAGUGAUCAGGUGCUUCUGAGGGUCUCACCCAUGAAAGGGGUCAUGCAUUUUGGGAAGAAUGGAAAGUUAAGCCCAUGGUAUAUGAGUCCAUUUAAGAUUUUGGAGAAAGUUGAGCAAGUUGACUAUCACUUAGCUUUACCACCAGCACUCGUUGAGACACAUAAUGUGUAA